AUGUCGUGGUCAUUCCGAAUUUCUCUUAAUCGCCCCUAUAAAUCAUUACUGGCUGUCUUUGGAUUCUGGAAAACUCUUCUACUUCUCCUGGCUGUCUUCAGUCCUGGCCGUGGUUACGACACCUCCACCACGCUUCGGUUGAACCGAAAUGCAACCAAUGAAGACGGCGAUGGACCAUUCAUAGCGAGCUUGCGUCUGGUUUCCACCAAGCUGACCAGAUGGGACGCUAUUUAUUUCACCGAGGUCGCAAGCCGGGGCUAUAUUUUCGAGCAAGAAUGGGCAUUCGGUUAUGGAUUCACCAAGCUCAUCAAUUUCUUUGCCAAUGCUCUCCAACAGACAGGCGCCGUAGACUGCGCAUUCAGGGAGCACAUCGCCGGUAUUAUCAUAGCUCAUGCAGCUCAUGGCCUGUCGGUGCUGGUUCUCUACCGUCUAGGAUGUGCCAUAUUUUCCGGAAGGCAGGGCCGCAUGCUCGCAUUCGUCGCGGCGUGUUUACAUAUAUUCUCACCUGCUGGACUUUUCCUUUCGGCUCCGUACGGGGAGAGUACUUAUGCUUUCCUGAGCUUCACAGGCUACUUUCUCUUCGUUCAGAGCUUCAGUCUAUCAGGAGCCUCCACGCUCAAAGAUGCUCUCAUACCACUAGCGGGUAUACUGUGCGGAUUAGCCACGACUAUUCGCGGCAAUGGUAUCCUCAACGGCCUGCUGUUUCUCGAGGAAGCAAUCAGACUGCUGUAUUCCAUGACCAGGGGCGUCACCUUUGCAAAGUCUCGUCGGCUACUCGCCGUUGGCAUAGCCGGUGUCUGCACCGCUCUUGGUUUUGUGGUGCCGCAAUACAUUGCUUACCGGGAUUUCUGCGUCAAUUAUCCAUAUACGCACGAUGAAGAACCAAGGAUUUGGUGUCGUAGGAGUCUUCCAUCUAUCUACAGCUUCGUCCAGGACCAUUAUUGGAACAAUGGGUUUCUUCGGUAUUGGACUGUGUCCAAUAUCCCCCUGUUCGCCUUGGCCAGUCCAAUGCUAGCGAUCAUGACGUAUUCUGCCCUUUGGACUCUCGACGUCGAGUCAGGCAGACUGACAGGAACAAGCCGCGUGUUGCGUAGCCUGGCGGCUCCCCAGCUCAUCCUGGCCAUCCUGACAUUCGCCAAACACCAUGUUCAGAUCAUUACGCGCAUGGCUUCGGGCUAUCCCGUGUGGUAUUUCUGGAUCGCGGAUCUUCUCAUGAAGGAGUACUCCUCGGUCCGUCUGGACAAGAAGGAGGUUGGGAGUCAGAAGCAGCGCUCGUAUGCGAACCUGGCAGUCACCUAUAUGAUUUCCUAUGCUGCUGUUCAGGGUGUCCUUUUUGCUUCUUUCUUACCGCCGGCAUGA